UGUCCAAUGCUCCGGCCAGCCACAUACUCCCCUUUUCCCCACACCAAGCCUUCCCUGGCUCCCUGACCUCAGGGAGAUUGCAGCCGACCUGGGGAGCUGGGGGAGACAUGGAGAAAGAGACGGGGGACCCCCUGGCUGGAGCAGACUGACAGAGUAGGCAGCCAUGGCUGGAGAAUUGGAUAUCAGAGUAAUGUUUGACCUCUGGAAACAUCACUUACAGGACAGCCGGUCAAAAUCCGCUAGGUAGGAGGGCCAUCAGCUGGGAAGAACCGGGGCUGGGGGCACCUGGCUGGAUAGGUAUGGGGGAUCCAGGCCAGUUCCGUAGUCCCCGGCCCCACCACGGCAGUCCCCCAACUCUAAGCACUCUCACUCUCCUGCUGCUCCUCUGUGGACAUGCUCAUUCGCAAUGCAAGAUCCUCCGCUGCAAUGCUGAGUAUGUAUCGUCCACCCUGAGCCUUAGAAGUGGGGGUUCGCCAGGAGGGCUUCGAGGGGGCGGCGGCAGCGGCGGCCGAGCAGGAGGAGCCGGCUCCGGCGGCCUCUGUCGGGCGCUGCGCUCCUACGCGCUCUGCACUCGGCGCACGGCCCGCACCUGCCGCGGGGAUCUUGCCUUCCACUCUGCCGUGCACGGCAUCGAGGACCUCAUGAUUCAGCAUAACUGCUCCCGCCAGGGCCCUACGGCUCCUCCCCCGCCACGCGGCCCUGCCCUUCCAGGCGCAGGUCCUGGCCCCCCAACGCCAGACCCCUGCGACUACGAAGGCCGGUUUUCGCGGCUGCACGGUCGUCCCCCGGGUUUCUUGCACUGCGCCUCCUUCGGGGACCCCCACGUGCGCAGCUUCCACCACCACUUUCACACGUGCCGUGUCCAAGGAGCUUGGCCCCUGCUGGAUAACGACUUCCUCUUUGUCCAGGCCACCAGCUCCCCCGUGGCAACGGGGGCCAACGCCACCACCACCCGGAAGCUCACCAUCAUAUUUAAGAACAUGCAGGAGUGCAUCGAUCAGAAGGUCUACCAGGCAGAGGUGGACAAUCUUCCCGCAGCCUUUGAAGACGGUUCUAUCAAUGGAGGCGACCGACCUGGGGGCUCAAGUCUGUCCAUUCAGACUGCUAACCCUGGGAGCCACGUGGAGAUCCGAGCCGCCUAUAUCGGCACAACUAUAAUCAUUCGGCAGACAGCUGGGCAGCUCUCCUUUUCAAUCAAGGUAGCAGAGGAUGUGGCCAGGGCCUUCUCGGCUGAGCAGGACCUGCAGCUCUGUGUUGGGGGGUGCCCGCCGAGUCAGCGGCUCUCCCGCUCAGAGCGCAGUCGCCGGGGAGCUAUCACCGUAGACACUGCCAGACAGCUGUGCAAGGAGGGGCUUCCGGUUGAAGAUGCUUACUUCCAUUCCUGUGUCUUUGAUGUUUUAAUCUCUGGUGACCCCAACUUCACUGUGGCAGCUCAGGCAGCUCUGGAGGAUGCGCGCGCCUUCCUCCCGGACUUAGAAAAGCUGCACCUCUUCCCCUCAGAUGCUGGGGUUCCUCUCUCCACAGCGACCCUCCUUGCCUCACUCCUUUCCGGACUCUCUGUUCUGUGGCUUUGCAUCCAAUAAGUAUGCCAGCAGCUCUGUGACUGGUUUGGAAAUUACUGGGGGAUAGAGGUUGGCAUGAAAGAAAAUAAAGAAUUGCUAGAGGAAACAA